AAUGGCUCCAAGAAAAGCCCCAAAGCGAUCAAAUAUGGAGGUAAGCAAGGCAGAGAAGAAGCCUGCUGAAUUUUUCAAAGUAUUCAAUCCUGAGACAAGCAGUGAUAAACUUAUGCUUCCUGUGGCUUGGACAAACGAGAUGGAAGGGAAGUUGCCAAAGAAAGCAUUUUUAAGGGAUCGGUACGGAAACAUAUGGCAAGUGGAACUUAGUACUGAUCAGGAUAAAACUUAUUUCCAUCAGGGGUGGCCGGCAUUCAUUAAACAGAAUGACUUGGAAAAGGGAGACUUUAUCAUUUUUAUGUUUGAUGGAAUUUUGGUUUUUGAUGUGAGACUACUUGGUAUUGAUUCAUGUGACAAAAGAGGAGUUGGAGGUCUUAAAUAUAAAUUAGAGGAAGUGGAUGAACAAGAAGUACCGGUAGAUGAUAACAAGGGUGCAAGUAAUAAUGUUGAUGGAAAAGCAAACGAAACUGAUCCGGCUUUCAAUGCUCGCAAUGGUUCAGAAGAUGUCAGAGGUGGGAACAGUGCAAAGAAAUCACAUCAUUCUUGGAAGACAAACAGACUAGUCGAUCCCUUUGGCUAUGAACUUUUCAAAUUCCGAAAAGUUGCUCGACCUCGGGAUCCACAUUUCGUUGCGGUAAUAAAAAGCAGGAGGACAUAUAGAAUGAUUGUGCCACAGGAAAUCAUCAAUGCCUACCGUCUUGAACUUCCAACAGAGACCAUCUUACGUGACCCUCGAGGAAGGGAGUGGAAUACAAAUCUUAGCAUAUGGAUAGAUGGUCGUCAAUGUUACCGCACUGGAUGGAGGGAACUUUGCCUAGCAAAUCUUAUUGAACCGUACGAACCAUUCAUUUGUGAAUUUGUGAAGUGUGAAGAAAGAGGUCUAUACAUACAAGUGCACAUGAUUCCGGAUCAUGCAAAGGAAUAG